AUGGAAGGGACAAACGAGGAAGAUUUCCAGAGUUUUACGGUAGCACAGUUGCGUGAAGAACUGAUGUUACGUUUCUUGGCAACUAGUGGAUUGAAACAAGAUUUGAUAACGAGACUUGUUGAGGACAAUAGGUCAAAACUUCAGGACGGUACAAUGGAGUCGCUUAAGCAAGAAAAGGUACGUCGUGCAUCACAAAUGUUGGAAAUAGAGUCCAUGAAGCAGCAAAUUAGAGAGUUACAGGCACGCCAGUCACCAGCAGUAAACCCAGGUAUGUCUGUUGACAACACAAAUGUAACCUUAGCUGAAGUUCUAACUCAGUUAGCGCAGACACAAGAAAUAAUUGCUCAGAAAAUGUCACCCACAUUCCAAGUAUUUUCAACUAGUGACACAAGCAAUGCCAUACCACUCUUUGGAGGCAAUAGGACUGAGAACGCCACUGAAUGGGUUAGGCAGGUAGAACGUAUAGCUGCAUUAGCUAGUUGGUCGGAUAAUUUAACUAUGGUAAACGCAUCCAUGAGGUUAAGGGGUCCAGCAUACAAUUGGAACACGGUUUGUGGUAAGAAAAUAGAAUCAUGGUCUGAAUGGAAAAACCAGCUUAUAGAUAGAUUUAAAAUCAGAAUGUCAUUUGCGGAAUUCAUACAAUACCAAAGUAAAAGGAUACUUAGAGCUACUGAAACUGUCACAGAGUAUAUUUAUGUUAAAAAUGCUAUGCUUGAAAAGUCACCAAGUUUGAUUCCAGAGCCAGAUCGAGUAUCGCUGAUACUAGAGGGAAUACAGGAUAUGCGGUGGUCAACGCCUUUAGCCACACAUUGCUGUAAGAAUGUCGAGGAACUCAUCACACAUGCAACAGCAAUUGAUAACAUCAGGAGGACACAGCGUAAGAUGACCGAGCAGCAAGAAACUGUAAGUAAACCAUCAUUUGACAAGUCUAAAAGCAAUUUUAUACCAAAAUAUAACCCCAGUACAGACAAAAUUGAAGAAGUUACCUGUUUCCGAUGCAAACGUAAAGGCCAUGUAUCAUACAAUUGUGAACUGCAAGCACAACAAUCCAAUGUUCAGCCAUCAAAAGAAAAAGUACCUACAAAGCCAUAUUCAACCCCAGUUAGUAACCCAAGUACGUCAACAGCAACAUAGACAUGCAAGCACUACCAGAUUCAGGAUCAGUGGUAACCAUGGUGGAUAAAAAGCUACUUCCCAGUGACAUGCAAGUGUACCCAUGGCAGAAAGGAUCAUACAAGGUAGCAGGGA